GGAAGACAUUUUCUGGGGGUGGGGUAUUUCGUGUAUGUUCUGUUCUUAUCUUCCUUUGUGAUUGGACUUUAGUAUGUUUCAGCUUAGGGUUACAGUUUGGAAUUGAUCUCAAUGAAUAUGUUUGUAAUUGUAGACAACUGUGAAUUUGAUGUCUGAUCCUUGCUUGGUGAUUGAAUCUUUGUGGUUGUUCCCUAAGCUGGGGGCUUUUUGUUUUUCAGGGUUUCUGCUGUUAAGCAGUACUGGUGAAGCUUACAAAGGAUCCAAAAUGGAUGAUUGUGGUGAUUUUAUACAAUUGCUUGGACCUGAUGUUUCUAUGAAUAUUCUCAUGAAUCUGGUUGACCCUUGUGAUCUCGUCCGUGUUUGCCUAGUUUCCAGUUCUUGGCAUCGAUUCGUGAUUGAAAACGGUCUUUUUAAGCAGCUUUGCGUGAAAUUGUUCCCUGAAAUUUCUGGUGUCGUCCACACCAUUGAGGCGAACGACUUGAUAUAUCCUGCAGAAUUUAAAGAGCAUGAUCGAAGCAAGUCGGAAUGCCAGAGGAGGAAUCAUAGAGUCUAUGCCUUUUUGUCGCGAGCACUUAACCUUUUCGUAAGAAAAGAUUGCAUAUCGAAGGCCAUUGCUGCGUCCAGCACUGACAAUUACCCGGAAGAAAGCAUCCAUAAUACUUUGGAGCCACUGGAUAGAAUAGACAAUAAAGCAUUGUAUUGGUCAAGUGAAGGGCGAAGUGAUCCUUCUAUCUCUGAGUCUUUACUUUAUAAGUUGAUGGCCAAGAUGUGUCUUGUUACAGAAAUCCAUGUUCAGCCGUUCCAAGCUUAUUUUCAGUAUGACUUCCCUAUAUACUCAUCCAAGGCUGUCAGAUUUAGAAUGGGCCAUCUAAGGGUACCCGAGGAGUUGCAGAGUAAAAUGGCGGAUGGUUCAACUUAUAGUCAUAAAUUGGCUGAUAACAAGUUCAUAUGGACAUAUACUUCGCCGGAAUUUCCAAUGGCUCAGGAAAACUGCUUACAGAAGUUCAAGCUACCAGAGCCAGUUCUUUGCAUUGGAGGAAUCUUGCAAGUUGAGUUACUUGGUAGAGUACAGAGACAAGAAAUGGACGGCUUAUAUUAUAUAUGUAUUUCACAUGUUCAAGCUGUCGGACGACCGCUUUUACCAAGAUUUGAUAUAGAGAUGCUCGAUUCAACAGGAAGGUGUGCUUUGAAGUACAUGCCUGAAACAGAGAAAUGUAUGCUUUCAUCGGCAUCACCUGUAAGGGAAAACGGUUCAUCUUCUCGUCUCCGUAGCUUCACAGCAAGAUUAAUACGGAGAGGCACAAGAGGUUGGGAACAAAUGAUAUUGAAUGCUCUUCCUCGUUCUAGGGCAGCUGGUGCUAAUGAUGCAGAUGUUGUGCCCUCCGCUCCGCCCUCAUAAUUGUUCAUGGCAGUUAGUCUUUUUUUUUUCUGUUGGCAUGACAUCUGAUCCUGUUACUGCAAAUAAAAUAGAUUACACUAGCAAGACUUGAAAACUGGAAAUCCUUUAUGAAAAUUGCAAUGAAUUUCUGAGCAUUGAAACAUGUAAACAUCAUAUUAUAAGAAACAGUAUCCGUUCCAAUGUU